AUGACGUACGAUAACGAAAACUUAAAUUCUAGUAACAUAUCUGAGACUGCCGAGGAAGCAGGGUUGAGUAAAUCCACCCACUGCCUCCUUCCAGAUCAGCCUUUAGUUAAGCAUGCACAGUUGGAAGUUGAUAACCCUCCCCCGCCGCACGACAUCUGGCAGAUCCUAGAUUGGGUUUGUGGGUCUCGAUUAAUAUCUAUACUGGGAAUACUAUUACUAUUACUAUUACUAUUGGCAUUAGCAUUAGUAUUACUAUCAAUGAUAAACGAGGUUGACGCAAUAAGAGCUCAAUGUCGUAAGAUUCUAGCUGACCUCAAGGCCAUCGCAGCCCAAUGA